AUGAGUUUCUCUUCGGCCCGGAGGCGGAGGGCCGCUAGCAUCUCUAACGUCAUGUACACCAACGCCGUCUACUUCCCUAACUACAAGAUCUAUAGCGGUGCGACGCCGGGGAUGAUGAACUACAGCUGCGUCAAUCACGUGUAUUAUGCCUUCGCCCACGUUGCGGCAGAUGGAACCGUGUUUUUAAGCGACGAGUGGGCGGAUACUCAGGCCCCCUGCGACGGUGUUCAGGGCGGUCUCGGAUCUCUGAUGCAUCUUAAGCAGAAGCACCCGCAUCUGCAAGUUAUCAUGUCGAUUGGCGGCGGGACGUCGACUGAGACGUUCCCCAUAGUCGCCUCCGACACCCUGCUGCGGGACAAUUUCGCAAGAUCUGCGCGGGGGCUCGUGGAAGCUUCUGGUUUGGACGGUAUCGACAUUAACUGGGAAUACCCCAUAGACCUUCAACAAGGCGCCGACUUCGUUGCGCUCCUGGCCGCAGUGCGGAUUCACCUUCCUGAAGAGCAAUUUUUCGUGACAGCGGCAUUACCGGCAAGCCGUCCGAUUCUACAAAAUAUCGAUAUCGCGCAAGCUGCCGCAUAUCUCGACUUUGUGAACCUCGCCGCGUAUGACUUCUACGGGCCGUGGUCGCACCGGAGCGGGCACCACGCGCAGCUGUAUUCGAUGAACAAGGACGAGACCUCGGGGUCUUCCGGCGUUUCUUACCUUCUAAGCCACGGCUGUCCGUCGAGAAAAAUAUUGCUGGGCAUUCCGCUUUACGGACGAAGCUUUCUUGGCGUCAGUAGCCCUGGACACCGACACAAAGGCGCUGGAGGUGAGGAUGGUGCAUUUGAAUACAAUAUGUUGCCAAGAAAACACGCGAAAGAAAUGACCGACAAGCGAGUAGGGGCUGCGAGUUGUGUCGGAGGUGACGGAGGUUUCGUGAGUUACGAUAAUCCGGAUACGGUAAAGAUGAAGGCGGCGUACUGCAAACAAAAGGGACUCGGCGGCUUAUUUUAUUGGACCGGCCCCGCCGAUGCCCGAGAGAAACACCGAAGCCUGAUUGCGGCCGGGUUCCGUGCCCUGCAUAGUUCAUGA